UUAGUGUUCCAAAAAUGCCAAAAAGGAAGAAGAAGUCAUAGAAAGAGGAAAACAAAAAGAAUCCAUGAAGUUGGAAAUGCAGGAGAAGGUACAGCUUGUAGCGAUAGAAUUUCCUACUUGCCACUCGAAAUCAUCCAUGUAAUUCUUUGUAAGAUUCCAACGAGAGAUAUAGCAAAAACUAGUGUUUUGUCCCAGGGAUGGCGAAGAGUUUGGGCUUCUCGCCCAACUAUUUAUUUGGAUGAAUUGGUAUUUGGGGCCAACUAUUUCUCAUACACUGAAAGAGACAUACAGAAACGAGAUGCCUUCUUAACUUACUUGAAAAAAUCCUUGGAAAUUCGUAAGGAGUAUGAAAACAAUUCUGCAGUGGACAUACUCUUUCUUCAAAUGACAGUUGAGAAUUCUUCUGCUGAAUCCCUGGUCCAAAAAUGGAUUUAUUUUGCCUUAGAAAAUAAGGCUAAAGCGUUACGUCUUCAUUUAAAAACGACUUACGGUCUGCGUUUCAACUUGCUCGAUAUUGCUUUCUUUGCUGAUACAUUACUUUGGUUGGUCAUCCAUGACUGUGAGAUUACAAAUUGUUCUUUUAUGCUUCCUAAUCUAGAGGUACUAUUUCUAUCUAAUGUGUGCAUUGAGAAUGACGAUUUGGUGGAUCUCAUUGCCGGCUGCCCUCAAAUUAAAUAUUUAAGCAUUGAUAUUUAUCUAGAUUUAGAACGGUUAAGCAUUGUAGUUUCAAAUCCUAACCUGAAAUUUUUUAGAGUGCAUCGUCCUGGUUUUGAUAGUAAAAUACAAAUACAAUCCACGAAUCUUAAAUCUCUUGAAUUUAGUUCCACAUGUAUGGACAUGUGUGAAAUAGAGAUUACGUCCACAACAACAGUAAGAGAUUUGACUUUGCAAAAUGUUUAUUAUGACCUAUGUUCAAAGAUGGAAUGA